GUGAUCAUGUGUGGAAUACUAGCGGUUUUGGGUUGCUCUGAUGAUUCUCAGGCCAAAAGGUUUCGCGUUCUCGAGCUCUCUCGCAGGCAAUUCUCUUUCAUUCCUUCUAUUCUUUCUCUGUUACAUUUUCCCUUUGUCAUUUUUUUUUUAUUAUUUCUUUUUCUUGGGAGUAGGGGCUGGGGUGGCGUGGUGGGGGGAUUAAGGGUAUUGGGUAUCUUGGUCUACCGUGAACGUGAUAUAAAUCAAACAUCAAACCUUGAUCAUGAAGAAACAUGAUUUCGUGUAGCCGACCCAAAUAAUUGGGACAAAGGCUUUAUUGAGUCGAAUUUAUCAAAUCUUCAUCUCAUAACUGAGGGAACUAAGUUGAUAUAUUCUUUGAAGCACCGAUGAUGAAACUACAGAAUGUUAAUAGAGGGAUCGUUGGAAGGAUGAAUUCUAUCACUUUCUGUGUAAAGUGGGUGUAAUCACUGGGACCCAUUCCACACAAAAAAAAAAACUAUCCUGGAGAUUCUUUUGGGUAGGCAGGAAAAAGAUAUUGGUUAAAAUUUGCCAUCAGAUCAUGUAUCAACUUCAUGGGACAAUUAAUUUGUAGCACAUGGGGUAUGGGCUUUGACCCUGUUCAUUCUAUUAUAAAAUGGAGAUAAGAGAAUUUUGGAAGAAUAAGUUAUGGUUUUGGGCCAUAAUAAUAUAAUAGUCUUUUUUGAAUGAUAAAUUCUAUUACAUUCGCUGUGCUCCAACAACUAUAAUUUUACAAUUCUGAUAGAUUAGAAAGAAAAACAAGCCAGUUUAAGAACUGCCAUCGGUUCAGAUAUCAUUUUACAAGUAAUUUGUAACACACGGAGCUCAUCUAGUCUUGUUCUUUGUAUUAUGUUCAUUUAACAAAUGAGAUGUUGAUGGAGGAUAUUAGGCCAAAUCAGCAUAUGGAUCUCACCUAGUAUUGUUCUGGUUUAUUUGGAAUUGGAUUGUGAUUGUUACAUGAUAAAUCAGAUUGAAGCAUCGGGGUCCCGACUGGAGUGGGUUAUACCAGCAUGGUGAUUGUUAUUUGGCGCAUCAACGCCUAGCAAUCAUUGACCCUGCUUCUGGUGAUCAGCCACUCUUUGAUGAAGACAAGAAGAUUGUUGUAACGGUAAAUGGAGAGAUAUACAAUCAUGAGGAACUGCGGAAGGGUCUGCCUAAUCACAAGUUCCGAACUGGUAGCGAUUGUGAUGUUAUCGCUCAUCUUUAUGAAGAAUAUGGGGAGAAUUUUGUGGGCAUGUUGGAUGGAAUGUUUUCUUUUGUGUUGCUGGAUACACGCGACAACAGCUUCAUUGUUGCCCGUGAUGCCAUUGGGAUCACUUCCCUCUAUAUUGGCUGGGGACUUGAUGGCUCUGUUUGGAUUUCAUCUGAACUGAAAGGAUUGAAUGAUGACUGUGAGCAUUUUGAGACCUUUCCACCUGGGCACUUGUACUCUAGCAAAGCAGGAGGCCUCCGAAGAUGGUAUAACCCUCCUUGGUUCUCCGAGGCUAUUCCAUCAACUCCAUAUGAUCCACUUGUUCUGAGAAGUGCUUUUGAAAAUGCUGUGAUUAAAAGGCUAAUGACUGAUGUACCUUUCGGAGUUCUGCUAUCUGGAGGCCUCGAUUCAUCGCUAGUGGCUUCUGUCACUGCUCGCUACUUGGCAGGGACAAAGGCGGCCAAGCAAUGGGGAGCACAACUUCAUUCCUUCUGUGUUGGACUUGAGGGCUCACCAGAUCUGAAGGCUGGAAAAGAAGUUGCUGAAUAUUUGGGGACUGUUCACCAUGAAUUUCACUUCACUGUUCAGGAUGGCAUUGAUGCAAUUGAAGAUGUUAUUUACCAUAUUGAAACUUAUGACGUGACGACAAUCAGAGCAAGCACGCCUAUGUUCCUCAUGUCGCGUAAGAUUAAAUCCCUGGGAGUGAAGAUGGUCAUCUCUGGCGAAGGCUCAGAUGAGAUUUUUGGUGGUUACUUAUACUUCCACAAGGCACCCAACAAGGAAGAGUUCCACCGUGAAACAUGUCGCAAGAUAAAGGCCCUGCACCAAUACGAUUGCUUGAGAGCAAACAAGUCUACAUCUGCUUGGGGUUUAGAAGCUCGGGUCCCAUUUCUCGAUAAAGAGUUUAUCAAUGCUGCUAUGAGUAUUGACCCUGAGUGGAAGAUGAUUAAACCAGAGCAAGGACACAUUGAGAAGUGGAUUCUUAGAAGGGCUUUUGAUGAUGAGGACCAUCCCUAUCUGCCAAAGCAUAUUCUGUACAGGCAGAAAGAGCAAUUCAGUGAUGGUGUUGGUUAUAAUUGGAUUGAUGGGCUCAAAGGACAUGCGGAACAACAUGUGACUGAUAAAAUGAUGCUUAAUGCUGCACAUAUCUUCCCACACAACACCCCAACCACAAAGGAGGCUUACUACUACAGAAUGAUCUUCGAGAGGUUCUUCCCACAGAAUUCAGCCGGGCUGACUGUCCCGGGGGGUGCUAGCAUAGCAUGCAGCACAGCCACAGCUGUUGCGUGGGAUGCUUCCUGGUCGAAGAACCUUGAUCCUUCUGGUAGAGCCGCACUGGGAGUUCAUAAUUCUGCUUAUGAGGAGAAGCUACCUCCAGUUGCAAAUGGGACUUUGGCAUCAAAGAUUAUUGGCAAUGUCCCACAGAUGAUGGGAGUCACUUCUCCAGAACUGACGAUACGGGGCUAG